AUGGGCAAGUCAAAGAUCAGAGAUUUCGAUCCCGAGUCGCUUCUCGACCCUGCGCCGAGCUCCAGCGAAGACGAGCGCUCCGACGCCGAAGUCUCCGAAUUUGAAGAUGGCAAUGCUGGGCGCGAACAUUAUACGUCGGUCGGAAAGAGCAAGCUGAGGAAGCCGGUUGAGGUGCCUCUGGGUCCGGAGUAUACUGGGCGCAAGGUGGACCGCAAAGCACUCGAGGACAGCGACAGCGACGAUCCUUUUGCGAAGGGCUUCGACGAUAUAGACAGUGAUGAAGACGAAGAGGAUGGCAUCAAUGGCGUAGAGCUCGAUGGCGAAGAUGAGAGCGACGAGGAAGACAUGAACGGCGAUUUUGACGAAGACAUGAGCGACGAGGAUGAGGACAUGGGAAGCGCAGGCGAAAGCGGGACCGACGACGAGGCCAACGACUCCGAAGGCUCAGACGAUGAUGAGCCUGGCGCCGAAGCCAAAACCGACGCGUCCACGAUCCGCGACCUCAUGUCCGCCAACAAGUCCUUCACGUCGGGCAUCGCUGCUGGCACCCAGUCCGAUGUCGCCAAGGGAGAGGCCGUCAAGACCCAACGGAAGACGUUCGAUACGCUACUCAACUCGCGCAUUCGACUACAAAAGGCCUUGAUUUCCACAAACUCCAUGGCUGCAGAGCCUUACAAGACGGAAACCGCAAAAGACGCGCCCAUCGAGGCAGCGGAGGCAGCUGCCCUGACCCUCCUCAACAACCUCACGAACCUGCGCCUCUCCCUCGAAGAAUCGCGAACAGGUACGAAGCGGAAGCGCCCAACCUUCGACUCCGCGACCCCAUCAUCCGAAAUCUGGACCACCAUUCAAGCCAGCGAGAAAACCACUCUCCCCCACCGCAAAGCCGUCCUGGAGCGCUGGUCCAACAAAACCAAAGCCACAACCGUCACAAACAACAAAGCGCGCCUCAACGCAUCCGCCCAACAGACCCUAACCGAAGUCCUCGAUUCCCAGCUAACAUCCCCCCACCUGGUCCUCCGCACCCAAACCCCACGUUCCUGCGCGCCCCUCCAAUCCUCGACCAAAACCCCCCAACCCUCGCCCACCAUCUACGACGACGCCGACUUCUACGGCCUCAUGCUGAAGGAACUCCUCGAACAGCGCUCCGCCGAUCUCAACAGCAACGGGACCGCGGAGUUCGUUGUGCAGGCGCCGUGGCAGGUUGCGCGCGAGGCCAAGACGAAGAAGGUUGUUGAUACGAAGGCGAGUAAGGGGAGGAGGUUGAGGUAUACGGUGCAGGAGAAAUUGCAGAAUUUUAUGGCGCCCGAGGAGAGGGGGCAGUGGGGGGAUAGGCAGAGGGAUGAGUUGUUUGGGAGUUUGUUUGGGCAGAGGGUGGGGCUUGGUGAGGGUGAUGAGGUGGAGAGUGAGGUGGAGGAGGGUGUGGAUGCUGGGGAGGCGGGGUUGAUGUUGUUUAGGAGUUAG